GAGAGAGAGAGAGAGAGAGAGAGGCGAGAGAGGAGCAUUGAAUAAGCAGUCACUCCCUUCAGGAGUCACAUAUUUAUCCAUCACAUCUAUUUUUCCAGCUCCAAGUCGACGUGGGCAGUGUACAUAUUGACAGAUGAUCAUAUUUGGAAAAAGCCUUGUGACACAAGCUGUCUGAUUUUUUUUAUUUUUUUUUAGCUUGGAUAGAGGUGUGUUGACCUGCACAAACAAGCGUUGCCAUGGAAACUAUUUUUUUCUUCCUCUCCUCACUCUUGGUGUGUGUGGCUGCUCUUUCAGAGAUCGGCGUGCAGGAUGACAAGAAAACAGUCCGAAACGAAUUUGAGUAUGACUAUGAGAGCCUGCGGAUUGGGGGAUUAGUAUUGGCCGUGGUGUUGUUCACACUGGGCAUUCUUCUCAUUCUUAGUCGACGGUGCCGCUGCAAUAUCAACCAGAAGUCCAGGGCCCCCAGUGACGAGGAGAAACCAGAGGAGAAUCUGAUUGUCCCCAAGGCUGCAGCUGCUGAAAAAGAGACUCCAGCCGAGAACUGAGGCGACUCCUGCCGACCUGAGCUGCCGUCCAAAAUGAUGACGGGUGAUCAUAUUAAGUGGUUGUAUGGAAUUGUAAGAAGGGAGUUACAUGUUAAUAGGGGAAAUAUGUGUUGUUUUUAAAAAGAUGAGCCUCUGAAACAAACCAUUAGCUCAUUGUGCACCGUUGUGACCGUGCUCUCGUCUGUUCCCGUGCCUUGCUGUGACAGUCUCUCACUCUGGUUCUUUGUCUUAGCCAGUAGCACCUUCAACACCAGAUUGAAUCCUGAGAAGAAGUUCUAUUGUUCUGUGGUCUGCUGUUCUUCGUUUUGUAUGUAUCGUUAUUGCCUUUAGGUCUUAGAAUACGUCAUUAUGUCGGUUAUUUUAGUUACUUAGUUUAUCAUGAAUGGAUUAUAAGAUUUAUGAAUACACUGUAUGCAUGAUACAGUAUAGAAACACAGGUAGGUUACAGAACAUCCCGUUAAAUAUCCUUCAUUUAUGUAUGCCUUUAAAUGUUCUGUUUGUGUUCACACGUGGGUAAAUAGUGUGCAUAUCCUGUACAUAUGAUUGUGUUUACAUCACAAGUGCAAGUGUAUCUCUACAUAUUGAUGUGAUCAGCCUUAUCAAAGACAAUCCCAACUGCCACAGCUCUCUGGUGGAGCCCAGUAAAACGGUUCGCGGGUACCUGCAUGAGCUCCUCCGCUGCAGUGUUUAACCAUCCGCAAUGGAGCGAGCUCUUGCCUCAGCUGUCUCACUGCCUUCCUCUCCACACAUCUACUUCAUCGCUCCGCCGCUGGCUGCGUCAGGAUUACCUACUCGCCAGCAGACUAUGAUUAGUGACCAUGCAUAUACUCGCUAGUGCUGCAAUUAUACUAAGUCUGGGUCGCUUUCUUGUUUUCUUUUUGGUUUGUGUAUUAAAUGUUCUGCUCAUUCUCUCUGGUGCCAUCAUGCUUUGAGUGGCCAUAUAGUAUAUAUUACAUUUCUGAGAAAGAGAGAAAACGCUUCCGACAGACGUGACGUCACAUUAUACGUGUGCAAGAAUACAAUAAUAAUAGCUCAAUGCAAGAUAAAUCCUAGCAAGAGAAGAAAUGACCAAUCUUUGUUGUGAAGUCUGAGUGUUUUGAGGGCAGCUGCUGUACACUUAAAUGCUAUGGUCAGUUUACGCAUGAGGCCUUGUUGUGUAGCCACCUGUUGUGCUAUUGGCAGAAACAAAUAAAAGUGUCUAACAAUUCAAAA